UAUAGAUAUACGUAUACUUGUAAAGAAGCAACAUGGUUUCAAAUAAGGAAGCCGAUUUGUGAAGAGGAAGCGAGAAAGCUGCUUAGCUGCAAGCUGCAAGCUAUGGUUGAAUCAUCCGAUCAUGUCCGUCUAUGAUUCAUGAAAAUAAGUAAAAACCGGCAUCUGGGUAUGAAUACAAUGAAUUUAGUGUAGUGAAUUUAGUGUAAAAAAAUACAUAGUGUAAUGUGCCAAAUUAUAGUGAAGUUCCCGAGGGCAUUUUGAAGGCAAAUAAUUAAGAAAUUAUUAUUUCCCGAAUAAUUUGGAGUUAUAAAGAGUGUUCCUUAACACCUCACUAACAUCUCCACCAAGUUUUAUUAAUAAAGACAUUAUAGUUUGCCAAAAAUUGCCCAAUAGACAUUAUUGCGAAUCCCAGCCGUGCUAAAUCGCUUUAUAAUAUAACUUAAGUAAACAUACGUAAAUAUUUAUACGAACGUAUUUGCUUCCGAAAAAUGGGUGUGAAGCAUUUAUGGUCGGCACUAGCUCCAUAUGCCGAAACAAAGCCGCUGCAUGAAUUGCGUGGUCAAAAAAUUGCCAUUGACCUAUCUAUUUGGCUCUUCGCAAGUAGGAGCGUGGCAGAUUACGAUGAAAACCCCGGGGCAGAUUUAAGAUGCGUUUUCUUUCGGACACGCUCCUUAAUUACGGAAGGUGUGACACCCAUUUUUAUACUCGAUGGAGCGGUCCCCAAAUUAAAAAGACGAAGAAGGAGACCUCCAUGUAGUCAAGAAUGCAGGAACUUAUUACAAUCUAUGGGUGUACAAUAUGUUUACGCACCAGGAGAGGCCGAAGCUUAUUGUGCGCUUCUCAACAAAAAAGGGUUAGUAGACGGGGUGAUGACUGAGGAUUCGGAUUGCAUUGUUUAUGGUGCUUUACGUGUCUAUCGUAAAUUUAAACUAUCCACGAGGGCAGUUGAGAUUUAUGACAUGGAAGAAAUCAAAAAGAAGAUGGAUUUUGGCCAAAACAAGGCUAUUGUUAUGGCGCUACUCAGCGGGUGUGAUUAUGGUUCCAAGGGUAUUCCUGGCAUUGGACCUAUGACUGUCCUAAACUUGUUCAACAAGUAUAAAGACGUGGAAAUUUUACAAAGAAUAAGAUCUUGGCGGCGUGAAGACAGUAAAUAUACUGCGCUGGAGAUGCGUGUUGAUGAUAAAAGGAUUUGCAGUAAUUGUGGACACGAUGGACGUACACAAAGUCAUACAAAAAGUGGAUGUGGCAUUUGCGGUACUAGAGAAGGAUGUGACGAAAGUCUGUGGAAGGAAGAACGUUUAUCUUUAAAAACCGAACUGGAGCUCCGUAAGAAGGCUUUAACUGUUCCCUCUUUUCCAUCUGAAAAAGUAAUCACGGAAUUUCUUAACGAACCUACCACUGCGCCCAGAUUAAAUGUGAUUUGGCAACAGCCUAACAUAGAAAAGUUUGUAAAAAAAAUCCGUCCCCUUCUCCAAUGGACUGAGAUUUAUUGCUUUCAAACAUUUCUACCGAUUUUGGCACGUUGGCAGUUAAAAAACAUGCAACGUACAAAUGAGUUGAAUACAGACACAUGUCCAUCUGUCGCAGAAUUAGUACAAAUGGGCAUUGUGCGUGGGGCAUUCAGCCAGGUUAAUCAGAAACAGCUGCGCAAUUUCGAACAAAAAAAUCCUGGAGUAAUUGGAGCAUUGUAACGACAUUCUUGAAAUCGAAAGAAAAGCCACCACGUUAAACCACUGUAAGGAAUGGCAAGCAUAAUAACAACAUUGUUACGUACUACAUAUAGCAAAUUUUGUAUUACUUAUAAUAACGUCUUGCCGAUUCCUCAGCCAACCAAAGUAUAUUAAUAUCGUUUACAUUUUUACGUUCAAUUGGCAAUAACAACAAUUCAUUCUCUACUUUAAUCUUAAAAUAAACAGUUAUUGGCAUAA